GUAACAAUCAGAAGCACUAAUACUGCACAGAACGGAAUGCAAUCACAACCGACCAAGAACAUACUCCACAUGAAUCCAAACGUUGCAAUAAAGGAAAAUCUCUGAAUCCGAACACGUGGCAGAAUCUGGUUCCAAAGAUAGGUCCUACAUAACGGUUUUUCAAGAAAACACAUUGGAGGCGCCUCCUCAGGAUUUUCGCGGCCUACCGUCUACUGUUUCGCUUUCCCAUUCUUAACAUUUAAGCUCCCAAAACGACGACGUCUUGUUACCUAACCCUGUUCCUAGUUUUCUUGAAUACAAAGUAAAAGCGGUAGCUUUUUGUUAGAUAAAGAUAUCUGGUCUCCUGGUUCAAAGCAGGAGGAUAUUUCUAUCCACUAUUACAGCCAGCCUGCAAGAGGAUAUUUUGGUACAGGAAAAGUUUUGGUUAAAUUAUUCCAAAGGGUCUUUACAUCUUUUAUAAGAAGAUGACCUCGCAAGAGCUUGAUCCAGAUGUUGUUCGGUGGGGCCUUCACCUUAUAGAUUGCUCUCCAACGCGUGGUGGUUCUCCUAAAACUAUCACUUUUUAUGACAAGGACAUGUCUCGAAUUGAGCAUGUGGAGGAAGGUUAUUGUGAAGCAAGAGACUCCGCUGCAGAUAACGAUAAAGUGAUUGCUCAUGCUCUUCAGGAAGAGUUAUCAAGACUUCGAACUGCUGAGGCAUCGGGAUCCACAUGUGCUGAAAAUCAAGAUCAGCAAGCCUCUAUUCUUGCUCAGGAUUGGUUUGGUUCUUCAAGAAAGCAUUUUGAUGAUGGAGCAGGAAUGGUUCCUGACAACCGUGGGGAAUUAUUUGCCACGGGUGAGGAGCAGGAAAUCUUUCUUGAGAUAGAAGAUGAAUCGACCCUUGAUGGUGAAUGGGGCAGAAGGCUGAAUGAGAUGGUUCCUGUACCUCAUGUUCCUAAAAUUAAUGGAGAAAUUCCAUCAGCUGAAGAUGCCAUGUCAGAUCAUGAAAGGCUGCUCGCCAGAUUGAAGUUAUAUGACCUGGUUGAACUACAAAUUUCAGGGGAUGGUAAUUGCCAGUUUAGUUCAUUAUCAGAUCAAGUAUAUCAUACUCCCGACCACCAUAAAUUAGUGAGAGAACAAGUUGUCAACCAGCUGAAAUCAUAUCGAGAGCUGUAUGAAAAUUAUGUUCCCAUGGCUUAUGACGACUACUUGAAGCAAAUGAGCAAGGCAGGGGAAUGGGGGGAUCAUGUCACGUUGCAGGCUGCUGCAGACACGUAUGGUGUCAAGAUAUUUGUCAUUACUUCGUUUAGGGAUACCUGCUAUAUUGAGAUUCUUCCACAAACUCUGAAGUCAAACAGAAGUAAGUUUAUUUAUUUAUUUAUUUAA